CCUCUUGAUUCAGCAGCUUCCUGAGUGCAAACAGAACCGAGCAGGAGGAAGCAGCGCGGGCCGAGGCUGCGGGGCAGGAGCUGAGCACCGCUCACCCGCGAUAGGGUCAUUUCAGAGUUGGUGGAUAUAUUGAGUGAAACCUGGAGCCCAGAUGAAGAAACUGUCAAGGAACAGCUUCUGAUCAUGAGUCUGCGGGGCAUCGGUGUGCGUGAUACCGAGUGUUCGCGACCCAGACCGCGCUGAAUGCGGAGCGGACCCACAACCUGUCUUACUGAGUUGUGUACUGGACCGGAGUAGGCUGCAUGCUGUAGGCCUUGUGUCAAGACAACAGUUUCACACCUUCCUGCUGGUUCAGAAAGGAGUGUGUAGAAGCAGGCGCAAAGAAGGGAAGCGACCUGUUUCUUUAAAUUGACCGUAUAAAUUUGACUUCCAAGAUCACAACGCAGUAAAGUAGAAUUGUUACUUGGAUUGGACCUUCCUCGUAGUGAAGACCAUACCCGGUGCAGCUUGCAGAAGUGAGAUUUGGAACCGUCACUGGUGCUCAUUUACAUCUUGAACUGAAAGCAUGAGUGAAUUCUGGUUGUGCUUCAACUGCUGCAUUGCGGAGCAGCCGCAGCCUAAAAGGCGGCGGCGGAUUGACCGAAGUAUGAUCGGAGAGCCAACGAACUUUGUACACACGGCUCAUGUGGGCUCAGGAGACCUGUUCAGCGGGAUGAAUUCAGUGAGCUCCAUCCAAAGCCAGAUGCAGUCCAAGGGCGGCUACAGCGCAGGGAUGGCGGCCGGGGUGCAGAUGCAGCUCGUGGACACCAAGGCGGGAUAGCGCGGCCUCGGUCAUUAUGAAUUUCGGUAUUUUCUCUGUCCACUAUUCUAUCAUUUUCUGUCUUGUGAUUGCAUUCUUCCAUUUUAAUUACAAAAGAAGAAGUGUGACAGCGCCUGCCACCCUCGAGAUGACGCCAGCAAGACGUCGCUUCGGCCUGAAGACGUCCCGGCAGCUGGCGCGUGCCCGUCCCCGCAGCUGGCGCAGCGUCCAGGCGUGCGGCGUCGCGGGCGUCAUCGGCGGGCCCGACCUUAGCAUGCUGUUCCGUGAAUGCUAGCCCCGUUCUGCAGUUUUCCGUCUUAAACAUCUCCUUUCUGCCUUACGGUUUCCCUGGGAAGCACUGCCCGUGACUUGUUAGCUUGCCGCCACUUACUGUAUGUUUUGGAAGGUGUGAGACCCGCAAGCACAAUGAUCCUUUUUCUUUGUUCCAGACUUGAGCAGAGCAGGUGUCUGCAUGCUUCAUGGGGUUGGUUUGCUGGCCCGGGGCUGUGAGAAGUGAGCGCUUCUCCCGGGCCUGGGCCGAUGACACUGCUGCUAUCAGAGUGCAGGCGUGGCCCCCAGGUGUGUCCCUGGCUCACAGAAGCAGCUAACUUUGUAGCUUAUUUUUAGAUGUCUUGGCUUUUUGGUCUGUGUGACGAGAACUGCAGUAAGAGAAGCUUGCGCUCCUGAGGCGUCCCUUCUGUUGUGAAUGUUCAGCGUAUUUAUUUUGAGAGCAAGGACCGUGGCUGUGUGUCUGUGGUGUGGUGAGAGUCAGCCUGUCCCAUUCUGAGCAGCGUCUUCCCCGUGAGCCGUUCAUUCUGCGUGUACCUGGUUUAGUUUUACUGUCUUCACGUGUAGUGUCUUGGUAUCCGGUGGUCUCUGCCAGCGGCGUGUUGAACCUCAGGCCCUUGCUACUCACUGCAGACCGGCGGGGGGGUGGGGCCUCCCGCGCUGUGCAGAUUUUGGGGGCUGUGGAUGUUGCCGAAAGCAACACACCCGCCUGGGGGACUCACUGCCCGUGAGAACGACCUAUACGGUGGCUUUUUAUGGUUUUGGUAAGAAGCCUUUGCUCAGGUUCCAAAGUGUUUCUCUUUCAUAGACUUUGUGUAUCUCAAAUAUUUCUGUAAAUGUUUCUGCACCGUAUUAGAGCAUAGGGUUAAACUGAGUCAGUGGCUUGUAGUAUUAAAAUGUUUAAAUCCCGUGUCUGAUUCAGACCUACCUGCAUUUGGCGGGAUUAACACUUUGAUGCAGGAGAUGGGGCUGAACGGGAAAUGCAGAGAGCUGGAAGGGGUUGGUCAUCUCAGAGAGGGACAAUGAUAAUUUUCUCUUUGCCUUCAUUCAUCCUUUUUCCCAGGGGAAAAUCUUUGUCCCAGGUUUUUACUAAACAGGUAACGCAAGAAAUGCUGUUUAUGUAAGUAAAAUAGAGCAUUUCUGAAUUUGAUUUACCCACUAGAGGGGGCACUGGAGGACGCGAUCCUUGCCUUCUGCAGUUCUGGGGCCUUCAGAGGUGUCAGUGCCAAGCACAGAGAGGUUUUGUGAGGGAAAGUCCUCCUGCAGCUGAAUAAUUGCAGCUUUAGCCCGCUGUCUUUGCUCCCUGUGGCCGCUGUCCUCAGCUGGGGCUGUCCCCCAGCCCGCCGCGCAGGCUCUGGACGGUGCAGGGGUUUUCCUGGCAUCAUCAGCACGGUGCAUUUUGACUUCAGAACGAAUGCCGUUUUGUGUUGCCCCGGAACUCCUCAGGACAGUACCUGGAGCCACUCCCUCUGCCUCAGCUCGUGAUCAUUUUUAUUCAUGUUUCCCAACCACUAGACAGUGCGGAGCCAGAGCCCCCCAGGGCCACACGCACGGUGGCGCGGGCCAGGUGCUGCGACGUGCCCGUGAAGAGCGCCACGGGGACGCGACCUUCCCACUCAUUUUUCUGGAGGGCAGCGGCUUUCCCACCUUCAUCAGUGGGGUUGUAAAUCUUGGGAGGUUGGUUGUUGUCCGGGGCAGCGGCUCUCAUUGUUAAAUUGAAGCUGAUUAAAUACGUAGGAUUUUUGUGCUCAGAAUUCUUUAUUCUGUUUCUGCUUUGCUGACGUAGACGCUAACAACUGUUGAGCGAGACAAGCUGAAGGAAGCCGAGUCGCACAGCGGGGGCAGGAGCGAUGGCCGCCUCUGUGCAGCCAGGAAGCGCUGCUGAGAGCCGGGCGGCGGCAGCAGGGCUUCCCAUUCGCUUUCUCUUCUGCUGGGAGGUGAGGCUGGUUUCAGUAGGGAGAGCAAGUUUGCCUUGAUUUUGUUUAAAGUGACUUCUGCUCGGCGCCCAGAAGAUAAAGUUGACAUAUUUUUAUAAUAUAAGCAUACUUUUUUUGUACAUUGUGUUCAUUCUUGAAUAAAGUGAAUUCAGUGUUGGCUUGUAGAUAUUAAAAAGAAAGUAUUGAUUUUGAUUCAAUAAAUGUUUUCUUUCAACCA